AUGAAGCUGCUAGCUCUUCUCAGCAAAUGCUGUCUUGCAAUUCCCGUCACCUUCAAGGUGGACUUCCGAGGACGGCACGUGGCCCCAGGAGGUCCGCAUCUGGUGGGAAGUUUUCAAGAGUGGGAUCCUUCGGCAACUUCGAUGGUAGAUGGCAAUGGGGAUGGAAUCUACGUGGCAACCUUGGACUUGCCGGCAAGUUCACAUCAGUUCAAAUUCAUCAAUGGCAGUUCCUUGGAAGACACGGAGACUCCGCCAGCAUGCAGUAGUGGCCAGACUUACUCAAGGAAUUAUGGCUACAACAACGAGGAUGCUUACCGCCAACUCGAAAUUGCAGAGAAUGCCACCUCCGCUGAGGUACACCUAUGUUUUCAGGAAUGCCAGCCUUGUGACGCGCUUUCCCUCUGUAAGAUGGUUGACUGCGGUUCUGAUCUGGUAUUGAAGGACAGUGCUUUGAACGUGCCUGGCGAAACGCGGGCCACAUGCUGCAGAGACUUGCUGGGCGGCGGCUGGAGAACACCUGUCGUUGUACGCAGCGCUGGUUAUUCCGAUGGAAAUCGGGCCGAGUUCUGGCUGGACGGCGAACUGAUACAUUCCACGGGCGAGCGUGUCGUCACUGUCGUCGAAGUGCAGCCGGCACUCCUCGCAAACUACCUGUCGUAUGGAUGGCGAGCUCCAGUCAAACACAAAGAGACCUUUGACACCUACGUGGAUUCAUCCAAGCUGGAAGCCUACCUAUCGACUGUUCCUUCUGGCCACCUACUCCUCAUGGGGGCCGUGGAUGAGGCUUCUGCAAUGCUUAGCCCGCAUGCAAAGGCUAUGAUUGGUACCUGUGGGGCCAAAUCCAUUCAGCAGGUGGGCUUUAGGAGUUCCUAUGCUCUUAUUGGACAGAAAAAUGGGAGUGCCUUAUCUGAGGUGGCGUUGCCUGAAGGCAGUGGACACGCUGUUGCAGUUGCAGAACAUCUGCUCCCACACCACGUGUACAAGUUGUGCAAGAUGUACAACUGCUAUUGGGGAAUCUUCCGUAAUGUCCUGAGAGCAGAUGCCAUGGAAACACCUGGUCACCUUGAGGAACAUUGUUGUGAAAGAGCCAAACAAGGCGAGCAAUCUUUGGUGGUGCGAAGCGAGGGGUUUUCAGAUGGGAACAGGGCCGAAUGUUGGUUGAAUGGUCAACUCCUCUAUCGAACUCGCACACGCGGGCUCACGGUUGUGGACCUGUGGCCCAAUAUGACAGUGAAGCACAGGGAGACCUUCGACACCUCUACUUUGGUUGCAUACCUGAGCUCAACUGCUACAGGUAACAUUAUACUGGUUGGAGCAGUGGAUGAAGCAUCUAGAGGCUUCAGCCAAGAGGCAGAGAAUCUUCUUCGCCAGUGCGGAGCCACAUUUCCCAAGCCGCUGCCCUUUCGUAGCUCUUACGCUCUCAUUGGGAUCAAGGCCGGACGCGCCUUGUCGGAGGUGGUGAUGUCGGAGUUGAGUGGAUGCGCUGUUGCUGUUGCUGAAGUAAUCCCGUCUGAGCAAGUGCGUUGCAACCAGUACAACCGCCCGGCUGGAUUUGUGCUGAAAGCGGAUGCCAUGGAGACGCUCGGUGCAUCCCUCGAAACUUGCUGCAAAGCAGCCGGGGCAGGCGAGCAAGUCAUUGUGGUGCGAAGCGCUGGCUAUGAGGAUGGGAACAAGGCCGAGUUUUGGUUGAAUGGUGAACUCCUCUACGAGACCAGCAAGCGGGGUCUCACAAUUGUGGACCUGUGGCCCAACCUGGCAGUCAAGCACAAGGAGACCUUUGACACACAUGCCGAUUGCACUACUUUUAUUGCAUACCUGAGCUCUACCGCUGAAGGCAACAUGAUAUUGAUCGGAGCAGCAGAUGAGGCUUCUGCGGGAAUCACCUUGGAGGCGGCAAACCUUCUUCGGGAGUGCGGGGCCACAUUUCCCCGGCCGAUCUCCUGGAGGAGCUCUUAUGCUCUCAUUGGCAUCAAGGGUGGAAAUGCUUUGUCCGAGGUAGUGAGAAGAAUGGAAGAUGGAAAAGCUGUAGCCGUUGCUGCGACUCUGCCUCCUAAUUUGCAAACGACGACCACCUCGACUCUCGACAGGUUCAUGCCUGUGGAUGGAGGCAUGGACCGUGCCUGCCGCGGGGCGGGGCCUAGCGACAACAACCCGAACUACUACAGGGUGGUCUCAGGCAUAGAAUCCCUUCUCGCUUGCAAAGAGGAGUGCAUGGGUUCAGAGGCAUGCGUCGGCGUUGAGCACAGCGGAAGCCGUUGCGAAGUCUGGACACGUCCCGAAGGCAUUCAGGCCUCCAUUCAUCUGGCACGCUUUACUUGCCUCAGCUACAAUGCAGCUGUGACAACAACCAUGGCAGCAACCACUACCAGGGCCACUGCGAAACUUUUUGCAGCUGUGGACGGUGGCAUCAAUCGUGCCUGCCGUGGGGCAUCCGCUUCCGACAACGAUCCAGGCAACUACAUGGUUGUCGCAGGUGUACAGCAACUUGGGGAUUGCGAAAGCUGA